GCACUCGCAGCCAACCAUACGAUCAGUAUUGGCUCCAGCGGCCUAAACAUUGCUCCGAACGUCACCCAUGCUGUUCCCGGCGACCUCCUGAUCUUCCGUUUCUUCCCCGGGCACCACAACGUUGCAUCCGGUCCCUUUGGGACGCCUUGCCAGUCUUCGGCAACUGGGGGAGGCAUAUUCUCGGGAUGGGUGGACGCCAGUGAUAAAGAACAGGGGGCGGCUCAGAUUUUCGUGGUGGAAGUGAAUGAUACGGAGCCGUUGUGGCUGUAUUGUAGUACACCGCAUCAUUGUUCAAAUGGCCAAGUGGCUGUAGUCAAUCCACCAUCUGACAGAAGUCAGACUCUCGAACAGUAUCUCGGCGCUGCCCGUAGUACCGAUCAAAGCAGUCAGCCGGAUGGUAUCAUUGGCGGAGCGCUU